CUUCUGCACUUCUUUGUAAACACUGCUAGUCGUUUCCUUCAGUAUCCUGUGUGUCGCCUUUACUGUGCAGUUUGCAACUGGAUUUUGAGAGAAAAUUGUAAAACAGGCAAAAGAAAACUUUCUGUAAGACUGGAAUCAAAAAGGUGAUACUGGAUAAAAUCUUUUCUUCAUUGCAGAGACCUUCUUUCCUUUUCCUGCAUAACACUUUUGCUUUUGAAAAUGGGCUGCUCACCGUCAAAAGGAAAGUUAUUUUCAAAGCCACAUCAAUUUGAUUUUCAGAAUGCCCUGGUCACUGAAGAAUUACAGGAGGUUGCGAAUGGUGGACCUGCACUGGAUGAAGACACAUGUUUACAACCUCCACACAAGGAAGAGGAACUGCCACUACUUACUGAUGAAUACUGCUCAAAAGAAACUUCAGUGACUCAUCUGGACCCUGAUCCAAUACUUCCUGAAAAUGAAAAUGAUUCUGAGGCAACAAGGAUGAAUGAAAAGCCUCAGAAAAUAAUUGGAAAUAUCAUGGAAAUGCCUAUGAAUCAGAAGGUGGAGACCCGAAAGAAAAACAUGAAGAAGAGAUCCACAGAAAGGCAGAGAAAGUCUUCUAUAGUGCAAACAAAAGUGAGUUUGCCACCACAUAUGGUGAGAGCUCACCAGGCUGCUUACAAUUUCCUGAACCAAAAUAUCUCCAAAUACGAAAUUCUUCUGGGUCUUCUGGACCAGGCUACCCAGACACAACUAUCCCUCCAAACCCCAAUGUCUGCUUUGGCGUUGUACUUUGAGGAAAUUAACCAGGCACUAGAGGAGAUGGCUGAAGAAGGGGAGCUGAUGCUCAAAGAGCAUGGGGACAGCAUGACUUUACCUUCUGGGAUGUUUGCUCAAGCAGUAUGCUCGGCUAAACCUGUGGAUAAUUUUGACCCAUCACCAGAUCUUUUACAUCAACUACUUCAGGAUUCAUCAGAAAAAAUCAGGCAAGUUAAAAUCUCAGUGAAGACUCGGAGUGAUACUACACUUGAGGAGGGAAUAGAUUAUUUCUCUUCCCUCUCUAAACUGUAUUCUGAGAAGCUUCAGGCUAAGCAGACUGCAGAGUUUAGGUUGGCUCAAGUACUUGCAAAGGUUGAGACAGUGGCUAUUAAAAAGUCUUACCCAGAAGAUUCUGCACUGCACAGUGAGGACAGUGGUAUUGGUGGAGAGAGUGAGAGUCUGACAGGAUCUGAAAAGAACCAUGGCCACCGUGGGAGUGCUGGAUCAGGAAGUUGUGGGUCUGAAGUCAACAUUCGGGGUAUAUAUCAAAAUUAUUCAGCUGGUUUUGUUAGUAGUACUAGAAAUAAUGAAGAGGAGGAGGAAGAGGAUGAAGAGCGGCAUGCAAAAAAAUAUCAAGGUGAUGAAAUUGACCAGUUUGAGAGGAAGAGAUCAAACUCUUCUCCACCAGAUCCCUGUCACACUCUUCGUCACAUGUAUGGAAACUCCAUGAAAGAUCAGCAGCCUGCCUUCAAACAACUUUUCAAUGCUGAACACCAUAAAAUAACAGAGCAACAACACAGUCAGAUGGAAUUGGAUGAAAAAAUGUAUAUAAUUUCUGAAAUGCAAGGACUAACUGACUUUGUAAAGCCGCAGUGCAAUUUGUAUGAAGUUGGACAUCGACGAUAUUCGUUGGAUGGAUCAGCAGGUGAACAUAAAUGCCAAGACAGGGCCAAUCGACUAUCUGGUUCUUUAUCUUCACCAUCAAAUAAACCACUAAAGUGCUAUUCAGUCAGAAGGCUCAUAAAUACAUUUAGCCAAGGGGUUGAUGGGAGACCUGGACAGAGUCUUUCACAAACUGCACCCCACAUCAUCAGGCCCAAUAAAAGUUGUAUUUUUCUAGAGUCUAGAAUAGUUAAUAAGACAGGAGACGACAUUGUCUCUGGCAACAACAGCAGCAGCUCUCCAGAUGGCAGGGCUGACCUAGAUAUGGAUAAUCUACCACCGCCACCCCUGGAAGUUCUAAUGGACAAUUCCUUUCGACGCAAUGAAGACCGACUACAAAAUGAAAAGUUACAUGAAGAUCCGGUUCUGACUCUUCCGUUAAUACACCAGACCACUGGGAUUUCCCAGCGAAGGAAGAUAGUUAUGCAGAAUGUGGAAGUUCUGCCAAACAAAGCAAAUGUUAAAAUUAGAUCAAUGGCUGCAUCACCCGCCCCUCCUGUUCGGCAUGAGGGAGCUACUGAGCUGCAACAUCAAAAGUUGAAACUGGAAACAGAUCUGUCUGAACAAACUGAGAAAACAAAAAGAAUCUACAAACAAGCAAGAACGAUUAUCCAUUUGCGCAAUGCAGGAGAAUCCACCGACAUAAAAAAUGUUCAAAUUCCAGUCUCAAGAGAUUUGACAUCCCUUCAAGCUGCAAGAUGUGAAAGCAACGAGAUACCCUCCUGCAGUCUGCCCAUCAUAGCACCACCUGUUUCAAGAGUGCGCUUGCCACCAUCAUGUCCUACUGUGCACCACACUGUUCCACAUCCCCCUGUCUUCAGACAGCAUCCCAACUCUGGAUCCUCUUCUCGCCCAAAUUCUCCGAGAAAAGUUACACAUGCAAAUGAUAACAGCACAGAACAGAUCAUUCCUCAUAUGUCCUUUCAUGAUGCCCGCUCAGUCUUCUGUCAAAACGAGUUAAAAAGUUCCCAGUCCUGCCUGUCCUUUGGAAGUUCUGUUCUCCCCAGAAAAUGGGGGGAAAUUUCUCGAGGCAGGUUGUCCACAAGAGGAAGAGAGAAUUCAACCCGUCGCACACAGUCAGAACAGAGGCCUGGAAUAACUUCCUUUUCAGAUUUGGAAACAGAUGCCCAUUUGGUAACCCAGCAAACCAAGGAAGAUGAACCUGUUGCAGAAAAACACAGUCUGGACAACUCUCUGAAGACAGAAGAAAAGUCCGAGGUGGAUCCAGCUGCUGAAAACUGAUUCUGGUUAUGGUUGAACAAAAGGAAAGAUAGAAAAGAUUCUCUAUAAACACCUGAAAUGUUUUUUGUUGUUUGUUUUAAUUGUGAAUUAUUUCCUUGCAGCCCUGAUCUUAGAUCAGAGAACAUGUCUUAUAAUUCAAGUAAGUUUUUAUGUCCUUCAACUCAUGUUUUUAAAUGACUUUAAAUUAUUAAUUUUAGUUUGCAUACAUACUUAAGCAUUUUGCAAAAUGCAACAUCAAUUCAAAAGUUUUAAAUAUGUUCCUAGUCUAUAGUUAAAAACUGAGGAGGCCUAAAAUAUUGUAAUCAUUAUCCACGUUUCUUGUUUUUGACGUAUUGUCAUUUCUUUCUGAUUUUAUGAAGCACUUUGGUUGAAAUAUUGGUUGUGCAAGUCACUAUGGAAAUAAAUAAUUUAUUGAUGCAAGUUUGUUAAAAGAUUAUAGAUGGUAAUGGUUAUGGACAGGAAGGGUCUCCUGUAGUGGUCUCAGCAUUUCUGAGAGUCUGACUGAAGAUGUCCUGUCUUUGUAUUUUUUUGCACUGAACAGCCUAAUCGUCAUCAACAAAUAUUUUCUAGUUAAUUUUUCUAUAUAACUUCACUGCUGCGUCUCCAGUCCAGUCGGUUUUCCAGCUGAAGCUCGAGAUAUCUAAACUCAUCCAAGACCUUCAGCUCUCCUGACAUAGAAAUGCUGUUUGAUAAUUUCUUGUUUCUCUUGGAAUUUACAAUCAACUUUCAUAUGUUCAGAUUUGGUGUACCAUCUUUGGAUAUGAUAAAAAUAAUAUCAGAGAUAAUGUGUUAAAUUAUCUAAUAAUUACAUGCAGUCUUUGUUUUCUGUAUGCAUUAAAAUUCAUUGUCCAUGCCAUUCUGCUCUGCUCGUCUAGAUGAAAUAGACCUAUAAUAUUGAUAGAAAUAUUUUUCUUUUUUUUUAGUUGCAGCUGUUAGUUCAUGUUAUAGCGCACUCAUCCAUACUAAAUUUCCUGCAGGCAACACAUGUGAGAGAGCAACUCUGACAUAGAAUCUGAAGAUAACUUCAUGGUUAUUUUGUUGGAACACCAUUUAAUAAUCUGAUUAGGAUGCCUCCGUGGUGAGGUAUCCUGGGCACAGCCCACCGGGAGGAGUGGGCCGUGCCCACUCCUAUACUAUACAAAAUAAAACUGAACUUCUGUUGAGACCAAACAUUAAUGUGUCAGUUUUGUGUACAUAUCAGAAAGAAAGCUAGUCUCUCAGUAGACCAGAUACAUUUUUCUUUCUUAGAAAAGAAUAGAAAUAGCAAACUAGCAAGCUAACCAAGCAAGCUAACACAGCCGUCUGUAUUCUAUUGUGCUGUG